AUUUUAAUGUUUGACUUUUCGUGGACGAAGUGGAUGUUCUUGUGGAUGUUCUUGGAAGACACUGCUGGCCAUCUAAUUCUUAGAUCUCUACCUUGAGCCGAACAGCUGUUUGUUCCAUAAUCAACUGGAUCAAUGAUCGUAAGAAGCUUUACGCCGUGUCAGGAUGAGGAGGAGCCUGAGCCUGAGCCACCAACAUUGGAUGAGUAUGGCGAGCCAUCUCCAAUGCGGGUUGCCUUCUGCAGUCGAAUGACCGAGGAGGAAUACGAUCAACAGGCAUCAGAGACGACCAAGAGGGCUCUGGAUGACUUGUACUCGUCCAUGGAUACUAAUCCAGUGCUGUACAAACGCAUCCUACAGCGUCGCAAGCGCGAGGAAAUGGAGAAUGGAGGAAUGUUCUCCUACCUGAAAGCUCAGGCACUUGCCUUUGUUGGCAGGGAAGAUGCCUUUGCUGUGAGUGAAGAUGAGUGUGCUAGUAAGAUGAAUUCCAUGAAAUCGCAGAUGUCCAAGGUCUUUCAAUAUUCUGAAGGGUUACGUGAGCACAAUGGGGUGAAGCGAUCAACACGUCUAAUGGAAAAGAAGCUGAGGAAAUCAAAGCGGCAAGCAGCAAGCAAUGCUGAUAUCGAGAAUAGCAAUCCUCUUGCAGCAGUGCCGCCGGCAAGACAACCUAUCAGCACUUUCGCUGCCGUAUCUUCAGCGAGCCCUUCCUUCGGCAAUAGCAGCAACAGUAGCAACAGCAUAACUUGCACACUGACAUCUUCACAGCGUGCUGCUGUGCCACCUCCACCCCCUCUACCCACAUCCUACGCUAGACAUCAGCUCAAACCAAGACCGAAGAUUCAAUACAAGAGGAAGGGAGACGUGGUUCGAGAUCACGGCACCAGCCCAGCAAGAAAGUCGGUGAACAAGGAAAAUCGAAAAUCGCCAAAGGCCCUUUCGGUACUCAAAAUUAAUGGAACGCCAUCGCCGAAAUGGUCUUCCCCUCUAGCAGUCAAGUCAGUUUCUCCCGGACGACAGUCUUCAAGAUUACAGGUAGCCGAGUCCACGUCACCAAGCCUGAUGUCCAAAUCCCCCUCGCCGAGUGCCGGAGCCCAGACUCGUGCACUGCGAAGCGCAACAGCCAACAGCUCAGCGAAUGAGACUGGUCGGCCUCCAUUGUCAGGACUGUUGAUUGCGGACAUUGUAAAUCGCAAGAAGCAUCUCAAACGUGCAACAAAGGCCCGAUCACCUGGAGGCACACCAAAGCUGCACGCCAUGACACGCCCAGCCAGUAACACACCCGCCUCGCUCUUCAACGCCGAGCUUGUGAAGAAGUUUAGAAACGCUCACUUGCAGUCGCCGAGUCCCACGCACAGCUGCAACACCUCAUUCAACGACAGUAUGGACAGCAGUGGCUGGACUAGUCCAGAUAUGGCCAGGAAACAAGUAAACCAAUGCUCUUCAUAGGUCUGCGAUGUGCCUGUGUGCGUCAGGGAGUCGUAAAAUACUGGUGUGUGCGUGCUUUAUCACUUCACACUCUUACACACAUCCAUGCUUUGCCACAGUGACAGCAGGACGUCCAGCUUCAACUAUCGGCAAUGCAUGGCAGACCAUAGAUCAGUGAAUUUGGCUCCUCUGCUGUAUCCCCUGCCUAACAAACUAGACUUCAAAGCAGUGCAUAGCACAUGCCAGCCAAAACCAUGCAUGACCUUCAAAACAUUCAUAACAAAUUUCAUAGCAUGGCGGUACGCCAUCAUCAACCUGACAAAUGCAUGCUAAUGAAUUAACUCAUCCAUAGAGUCAUGUAUCAUACUUAUGCGAAUGUCUUCACUGCACUGUCCAUGUCACUUCAAUCAUUUUAUUUUGUUUAUACCUUUUAUUACCAAUGAUAUCGUCACGUUUUGUUUAUGAUGAUCGAAUCUUCAGUAGGAGCGGCAGAAAGUGGAAUUUAAAUAAUGGUUUUUGAAUUUGUACUGCAUGUAGUCAUUAGACACCAUACAAACUAGCUUCUCAACUUAUUUUGCCUGCACAUCAGUGUCAUUAGACGUAUGUUUGUUCAUCCGUUUGUUUUAUUUACGCAGCGUGACCUGAUUUGUUUACCAGCUAGAACGCAUGUGUGUUUUCUCCCUUUUCGUGUGUUGAUCGGCCAGUUUUACAUGCAAUCAUUUAUUAUCAUUAUAAUUGUUACUUGCACUACUACCGUAUCUAUGAAGGAGGCAGAGCAAACACUG